AUGGCUGCCAUGAUGGCUGCCGCGCCUUUCGAUCCCCAUCUCUAUUCGGAUGAUACCACUGCCGACACACACUCAUUGAUGGAGGCAUCGAUAGAAGACUUUGAAGACCAGGAGCGCAGAACACCCCUCUUUCCCGGUUUCAAAUCAGAGCAUGAAGAGAGUGAAGUGGAUGACAGAUCGAGUACUGGUUUGCCCUGGUCACCUCCGGGAUUUCGUUAUCAAAAUGCAAGUGUGAGUGGGUGGUAUCGACAAGAUCCAUAUGGAAAAUACCAAUUGCGACCGUCCGUCAGCCCCUCGCGAUCGCGACAGACGAGUCCCGAUGUCUAUCUGGAUGCAGAUGAAGGAGAUCCCGAUAUCACCCUCGCAGUAAAUACACCACUGCCCACCGGCUUCGAUUCUCCGAAAAGGGAGCGCUCUCCAGAGGUUGAUCAUGCGCCAGGUCAAGGUAAUACUUGGGGUCAGCAUGAUCCGGCAGAGGAGGCUCAUAACAACUACAUACGGCUACAACUUCACGCCGAAGUUCAACACCGCGAACCCAUCACGGCCCUUGUGAAUCUUAUCAAACGUUCUGUUGGUGCCCUGACCAGUUCCAAAUCUACUUUUUUAUUUUACAUUGGCAUCACGUUAUUAUCCACCCUAUUGUUGCGGAUCAUCCUUGCCCCACCGAUUCCCCCUCCAAUACCUGACCUGGUCAAGCUGUCCACACUGGCCAAAUCUUUUGAACCACUGAUCUAUUACUCUGAAAAUGGCCACAGUCAGAUCACAGCCUUGCAAGAGACUAGCGUGGCAGUUUGGGAUCUUGGAGAGUCGGUCAGAAGUGCCAACAUGACUUCCGCCCCUUUGAUCGUCAAGUCUCUGGACGAGCUUUCCGAGAACUUACAAAAGCUCGGUCUUGAGUUGACCAGGUUCUUCGCUGAUGUGGACUCGGAUGUUGACAGUAUUUUGAUUGUCAUGGAUUGGGCGAAACGAGAAUUGGAAGGCGUGACAUCGGCCCAGGGCACUUCCAUUGCAGGAGUGGUUUUUGAUCAUAUGCAUGGUUUACUGAAUCGAGGAGGAUUGCUUGAAAACACCAUGGGACCGACUCCGUUGGGCGCACAACUGACUGGCCUCUUCGGAUCAAGUUCACCGCAAAGAACGAGAGCCACAUUACAGAGAACCUUCCAUGAAUUUUUGAGCGUUCUCGAAGAGUCCAUCAGCAACGAAUUGACUCACUCCGUGGCAUUGUUCUCGUUGUUCGAAUCGAUCGACAGGCAAUUCCUGACUCUACAGAGAACAGUGGUACGAGAGACGGACACCCAGGAAAGACUGGAAAACGAUCUCUUGUCUUCGUUGUGGACCAAAGUCAUGGGAGCGAAUGCAGCCACUCUACGCAAGUAUGAAAAGAACAAGCAGCUCUUAUCCAGCUUGCGCGCAAGAACAGUCAACAACAAACACUUACUCAUGGAGCAUCACGGACGCUUGCAGACACUCAAGGUCAAUCUGGAAUCACUCCGGCGCAAACUUGUCAGCCCAUUGGUGAGGAGAAAUGAUUCGGUGACAAUUGACAACGGUAGCGCCAUCGAUCAGCAGAUCAAGGGGCUGGAGGGAACGUACUUCUAUCUGAAAGACGUUCGAGAAAAACAAAAGACCAAGCUGUUGGAAAUGGUGUACGGGGCGAGAGGCCCUCGGACGAGACUUGUCGAAGUCAAUGGAGGAUUGGAAAACAUCGGCAUUGAUGCACAGUAA